AUGCCCAAAGCGACGUCCUCGCGGGCUGCCGCCGCUGCCCGCCGACACAACCCUCUCGCUGAGGAUAUUAUUGGCACAGGUCACCUGCGAACGGCCCCUACCAAGAAGAACAAGCGCAAUUCGCAGGCAGAUGGAGAGCAGGAGGAUGGAGAGCGUUUUGUGGAUGCGAAAACAUCCCGCAAAAUCUUACAGAUCGGACAAGAACUUGCCGACGAGGAUGCCGCCGAACAGAAAGCCGCGCGGGGAGUGAUUCCAGAGCCAGCGAACACGGCAUUUGAUUUCGAGUCACGAUUUGAGGAUGAAGAUGUAUUUUCAGAUGAAGGACAGAUCGAGGAGUGGGACGAUGAGGAAGAGAUCGAGGAAGUGGAGGUCGACCCGAAUGAUCUCGAUGUGUUCCACAAGUUUGUUCCUCGAGGCGAUGAGGAUCCAAUAUUCAACCCCAGCGGGCCGGAGUCUGGCGGCCAGACCACAAAUCUCGCAGACCUCAUUUUAGAGAAGAUCGCGGAGCAUGAAGCAAAGCAGGCCGGAAACACUGGCCCUAUAAUUCAAGGCGGAGGCCUGCCGGAAGACGCGGUUCAAAUACCUGCGAAGGCUGUCGAAGUAUACGAGAAAGUUGGCAUGAUCCUUUCUCGUUAUAAGUCUGGACCUCUGCCGAAGCCGUUCAAAAUCCUCCCUACUGUUCCGAAUUGGCAAACGCUUCUUUCAAUCACCCGGCCUGAGUCAUGGACGGCCAACGCUAUUUACGCUGGAACUAGAUUAUUCAUAUCCCACAAGCCUGCCAUUGCGCAGGAGUACAUCUCAACAGUCUUGCUUGAACGCGUGCGCGAGGAAAUCUAUGAACAGAAGAAACUCAAUGUUCACACUUACAAUUCGAUGAAGAAGGCCCUCUACAAGCCGGCAUGUUUCUUCAAGGGGCUGCUAUUUCCCUUGGUUUCGAGUGGGACCUGCACUCUACGCGAAGCUCACAUUGUCUCCUCUGUCAUCGCCCGCGUCUCCAUCCCUGUUCUACAUUCGGCAGCUGCAUUACUUCGCAUGUGUGACCUUGCUGCCGAACAGUCCAUGAAGUCACUGGAAAGCACUGGUGCGGUCAACACAUUUAUUCGAGUCUUUCUAGAAAAGAAGUACGCCCUCCCAUAUAAAGUUAUCGAUGCUCUUGUCUUCCAUUUCUUGCGGUUCCGCGCGGCCGAGGAAGAGGAUUCAAUGAUGGACGGAUCGUCGAAGGCAUACAAACUCCCCGUCCUCUGGCAUCAGUCACUCCUUGUCUUUGCCCAGCGUUACCGAAAUGAUAUUACCGAGGAUCAGCGAGAAGCUCUCCUGGACUUGCUUUUGGUUCGCGGACAUAAGGACAUCGGACCUGAAGUCCGGCGUGAGCUGUUAGCGGGCAGAGGAAGGGGUAUUGUCGCACCCGAUCCCGAAAGACAGGGUGCUCUUGAUGCUGGAGAUGACACAAUGGAUACCACGUUAUAA